GAGGAGGAGGAGGAGAAAGACGAAGAAAAAGCGACGGAGCUUGAGAGACCGAGAAAGAGCGAGAGGAAGAAAGGGAGGCAGAAAGGGCGUGUUUCUGGCGCUGCGUUUCCCCUCCCCUUUCUCAGGUCCCUCGCUCGGGCUCUGCGCGCUCUCCGCUGUAGCUCUCUCCGGGCGAAGCUGAGAAUUGGGUGGGAUUAUACGGAGCAGCCCCGCCGCCGCCGCUAGCAGAGCCCGGCUUGGAGAGGGCGGGGGUUCCCCUCCGUCAGCGGCGCCGGGCGCCCCCAGCCUAGUCGUGCUCUUCGCCUCGCUCUCCCCGGGGUCGGGCCAGGAGAAGCCGGCAGCAUCUGGAGCCUCCCGCCGAGGGCGCCGCGGUCCGUGCCCAGCGCCCGCAGCCUCCGGCCGGGCCCGGGUGGGACGCCCCCUCCCCUCCUGCCUCCAGUGCCCGGGGGCCCGGCCCCCUUCCGCCCUCCCGGGACUGCGAAACCGGCCCCGGCCGCCGGUACCACCAGCCAUGGGCUCGGGGCGCGUGCCCGGGCUCUGUCUGCUCGUCUUGCUGGUCCACGCCCGCGCCGCCCAGCACAGCAAAGCCGCGCAAGAUGUGGACGAAUGUGUGGAGGGGACGGACAGCUGCCACAUCGAUGCUAUCUGCCAGAACACCCCACGGUCAUACAAGUGCAUCUGCAAGUCUGGCUACACAGGGGAUGGUAAACACUGCAAAGAUGUGGAUGAGUGUGAACGAGAGGAUAAUGCAGGUUGUGUGCACGACUGUGUCAACAUCCCUGGCAAUUACCGAUGCACCUGCUAUGAUGGAUUCCACCUGGCACAUGACGGACACAACUGUCUGGAUGUGGACGAGUGUGCUGAGGGCAACGGCGGCUGUCAGCAGAGCUGUGUCAACAUGAUGGGCAGCUAUGAGUGCCACUGCCGGGAAGGCUUCUUCCUCAGCGACAAUCAGCACACCUGCAUCCAGCGGCCGGAAGAAGGAAUGAAUUGCAUGAACAAGAAUCAUGGCUGUGCUCACAUUUGCCGGGAGACACCAAAAGGGGGUAUCGCCUGUGAAUGCCGCCCUGGCUUCGAGCUCACCAAGAACCAACGGGACUGUAAAUUGACGUGCAACUAUGGUAACGGUGGCUGCCAGCACACAUGCGAUGACACAGAACAGGGUCCCCGAUGUGGCUGCCAUGUCAAGUUUGUGCUCCAUACCGACGGGAAAACAUGCAUCGGGGAAAGGCGGCUAGAGCAGCACAUCCCCCCUCAGGCCGUUUCUAAUGAGACCUGUGCUGUCAACAAUGGGGGCUGCGACAGUAAGUGCCACGAUGCAGCGACGGGUGUCCACUGCAGCUGCCCUGUGGGCUUCAUGCUGCAGCCAGACAGGAAGACGUGCAAAGACAUAGAUGAGUGCCGCUUGAACAAUGGGGGCUGUGACCACAUUUGUCGCAACACAGUGGGCAGCUUUGAAUGCAGCUGCAAGAAGGGCUAUAAGCUUCUCAUCAAUGAAAGGAACUGCCAGGAUAUAGACGAAUGUUCCUUUGAUCGAACCUGUGACCAUAUAUGUGUCAACAUGCCAGGAAGCUUCCAGUGCCUCUGCCAUCAUGGCUACCUGCUGUAUGGUGUCACCCACUGUGGGGAUGUGGAUGAGUGCAGCAUCAACCGAGGAGGUUGCCGCUUCAGCUGCAUCAACACUCCUGGCAGCUACCAGUGUACCUGCCCAGCAGGCCAGGGCCGGCUGCACUGGAACGGCAAGGAUUGCACAGAGCCGGUAAAGUGUCAGAGCAGUCCUGGUGCCUCAAAAGCCAUGCUCAGCUGCAACCGAUCUGGCAAGAAGGACACCUGUGCCCUGACCUGCCCCUCCCGGGCCCGGUUUUUGCCAGAAUCUGAGAACGGCUUCACAGUAAGCUGUGGCACCCCCAGCCCCAGGGCCGCUCCAGGCCGAGCCGGCCACACCGGGAACAGCACAAACUCCAACCACUGCCAUGAGGCUGCAGUGCUGUCAGUUAAACAGCGGGCCUCCUUCAAGAUCAAGGAUGCCAAAUGCCGUUUGCACCUGCGAAACAAAGGCAAAACAGAGGAUGCCACCAGAAUCCUGGGGCCAGGUGGUGCACCCUGCUCUGACUGCCAGGUCACCUUCAUCCACCUCAAGUGUGACUCCUCUCGGAAGGGCAAGGGCCGGCGGGCCCGGACCCCUCCAGGAAAGGAAGUCACUCGGCUUACCCUGGAACUGGAGGCAGAGGUCAGAGCCGAAGAAACCACAGCAAGCUGUGGGCUGCUCUGCCUCCGACAGCGGAUGGAACGGCGGCUGAAAGGGUCCCUGAAGAUGCUUCGAAAGUCCAUCAAUCAGGACCGAUUCCUGCUGCGCCUAGCAGGCCUUGAUUAUGAGCUGGCCCACAAGCCAGGCCCGGUGGCUGGGGAGCGAGCUGAGCCAGUGGAAGCCUGUAGGCCUGGGCAGCACCGCGCCGGGGCCAAGUGUGUCAGCUGCCCGCAGGGAACGUAUUACCACGGCCAGACGGAGCAGUGUGUGCCAUGCCCAGCGGGCACCUUCCAGGAGAGAGAAGGGCAGCUCUCCUGCGACCUUUGCCCUGGGAGUGAUGCCCACGGGCCUCUCGGAGCCACCAACAUCACCACGUGUGCAGGUCAGUGCUCACCUGGCCAACACUCUGUAGAUGGGUUCAAGCCCUGCCAGCCAUGUCCACGUGGCACCUACCAACCUGAAGCUGGACGGACCCUGUGCUUCCCAUGUGGUGGGGGCCUAACCACCAAGCACGAGGGGGCCAUCUCAUUCCAAGACUGUGACACCAAAGUCCAGUGCUCCCCUGGGCACUACUACAACACCAGCAUCCAUCGCUGUAUCCGCUGUGCCAUGGGCUCCUAUCAGCCUGACUUCCGUCAGAACUUCUGCACCCGCUGUCCCGGAAACACAAGCACUGACUUUGACGGCUCCACCAGUGUGGCCCAGUGCAAGAAUCGCCAGUGUGGUGGGGAGCUUGGUGAGUUCACUGGCUAUAUCGAGUCCCCCAACUACCCAGGCAACUACCCAGCCGGUGUGGAGUGCAUCUGGAACAUCAACCCCCCACCCAAGCGCAAGAUCCUUAUCGUGGUACCCGAGAUCUUCCUGCCAUCUGAGGACGAGUGUGGGGAUGUCCUCGUCAUGAGAAAGAACUCCUCCCCAUCCUCCAUUACCACCUAUGAGACCUGCCAGACCUAUGAGCGCCCCAUUGCCUUCACGGCCCGCUCCAGGAAGCUCUGGAUCAACUUCAAGACAAGCGAGGCAAACAGCGCCCGUGGCUUCCAGAUCCCCUAUGUUACCUAUGAUGAGGACUAUGAGCAGCUGGUAGAAGACAUUGUGCGAGAUGGCCGGCUCUAUGCCUCUGAAAACCACCAGGAGAUUUUAAAGGACAAGAAGCUCAUCAAGGCCUUCUUCGAGGUGCUGGCCCACCCCCAGAACUACUUCAAGUACACAGAGAAGCACAAGGAGAUGCUGCCAAAAUCCUUCAUCAAGCUGCUCCGCUCCAAAGUUUCUAGCUUCCUGAGGCCCUAUAAAUAGUGUCCCUAGGCCCAAAACCCAGGUUUUGCAGCCCCCAGACUCUUUAGCCCUCAGAGCCGGCAGUCCCUACCCUCAGACGAGAAUCUCUCUCCUCUCUCUGUUUGGAGAAAAAAAAAUCACUACAUAGACCAAACACUUUCCCUUUCUGUCUCUCUAGCUUUGUUUCCUUGUCUCUCUCUGCCUCUCUCUCUCUCUUUCUACUGUUUUCCUUUUCCUACAUGCUCCCUGGAAAAGCCAUUCAGUGCUGGCUCUAUUCCCCCUGAGGGGUGAAGGAACAGUACCCCCCUCCCCUCCCCAACAACACUGUCCAUUUUACCAGUUCACAUCCCUGGCCCCAUCAGCUUGGAGGGUGCUAAAGGCCCACAAAAAAGUGGGUCUAGCGCGGAAUGGGGAGGGGAAAGAGGGGUUUCUGCCAUUUUAGGGUGUGCCUUGCUAGUCAGGAGCCAAAAUGUCCCCUGGCCCUGCCCCCCAGGGUGAUUCUAACAGCCCAGAGUUCUGCCAAAGAAGGCUUUGACUUACAGGCUUAAUGCCAGCAUUGGUCCUCUGGGGCAUAUGGUUUGAGCCCUAGACCGCCCACACAGCCGGCUUUUUUGUCUAUGGAGCUCCUCUCCUUCUUCCCCCACAUGUCUGCCUGAGGUCCAACCCAUGAGGGCUUACAAAAGGCUCACACCACUGGGCUAGUGGACACUGGCUGAAUAAGAAACACAGCAGGCAUUGCCAUGUUGAAGGCACCACUGUCGCUCCCUGAGAGAAAGACUAUGGCUCUGCAGGUCAGAAACCAGGUUUUAAAGCAUCGCCAAAAAAAAAGAAAACAACAACAAAAAGAAAAUGUAUCAUCCAAAGGACUAGACUACAGAACAAUUGGGAGCCAGCCUCAAACACUAAUCCCUUUCCUUUCUUGUCUUCCCUGGCCCAGCCAUCCCCUCACGCCCACCAGAGUGCUCCCUGGGGGAGCCCUAUUCCCUUUGUGAAGUGUUGUCCUAAAAGAAACAUGGCUGCUGACUGGAA